CCCAGCCGGGCUCCGCAGGCUCUUCCUCCCCAAAGCAAGAUGUUCUUCUCCCCCUUUUCCUGCCCAUCCAUGUGUUUCUGUUUUGCAGCGCAGCGUUCGCUCGGCCGGCUCGUAUUUACAUGAAACACCACCAAAAAUAUUGCAAAGGCCCCGAAUUGGUGGUUUCUUGAUGCUGCAGCCCGCGCCCUGAAAUCAGGCGCCGCCAUGCCCCGGAGGAAAGCGGCGGGGCCGCCCUGGGAGACGGGCCCGGGCAACGGGGCGGCGGCGGCGGCGGGGAGGAGGCGGCCCGGCCCGGCGGGAGGAGGCGGGAGGCGGCGGCCGCGCUCCGGGCGCAGCGGCGGCAGCAGCGGAGGGAGCAGCGAGGAUGAGGCGCCCCGGGAGCGGCGGCCGCGGGACGGCAGCCCCGGAGGAGGAGGAGGAGGAGGAGGGAGGCGGCCCGGUAGGCCCGGAGGGGCCGGUGCUGGCGGAGGAGGAGGAGGAGGAGGAGGCGGCGCGGCGAGGGGACAGAGCGUGGUGAUCUGCGAGCCCGAGCACAGCAAGGAGCGCAUCAAGCUGGAAGGCGCCAAGUGCCGGGGGCAGCUCCUCAUUUUCGGGGCCACCAACUGGGACUUGAUCGGCCGCAAAGAAGUGCCUAAGCAGCAAGUUGCAUAUCGGAACCUGGGCCAGAACCUGUGGGGGCCGCACAGGUAUGGCUGCCUCUCGGGGAUCCAGGUGCGCAGCGUCGUGUCGGGCCCCUGCGCCGCUCACAGCCUCCUCAUCACCGCCGAGGGCAAACUCUGGAGCUGGGGUCGCAAUGAGAAGGGGCAGCUGGGCCACGGGGACACGAAGCGGGUGGAGGCGCCGAAGCUCAUCGAGGUGCUGGGGGGCGAAGCCAUCGUGCUGGCGGCUUGUGGCCGCAACCACACGCUGGCGCUGACAGAGAGCGGUUCGGUGUUUGCCUUCGGGGAGAAUAAAAUGGGGCAGCUGGGGCUGGGGAACCAGACGGACGCCGUGCCCAGCCCCACGCAGAUCAUGUACAACGGGCAGCCCAUCACCAAACUGGCGUGCGGGGCGGAAUUCAGCAUGAUCAUGGAUUGCAAAGGAAACCUCUACUCCUUCGGGUGCCCCGAGUACGGGCAGCUGGGCCAUAAUUCCGACGGGAAAUUCAUCGCCCGGGCGCAGCGGAUCGAGUACGACUGCGAGCUGGUGCCGCGGCGCGUGGCCAUCUUCAUCGAGAAGACCAAAGAUGGGCAGAUCCUGCCCGUCCCCAACGUGGUGGUGCGGGACGUGGCGUGCGGGGCCAACCACACGCUGGUUCUGGACUCGCAGAAACGUGUUUUCUCCUGGGGCUUUGGGGGCUACGGGCGGCUGGGCCACGCCGAGCAGAAGGAUGAGAUGGUGCCGCGGCUGGUGAAGCUCUUCGACUUCCCGGGGCGCGGGGCGACGCAGAUCUACGCCGGCUACACCUGCUCCUUCGCCGUCAGCGAGACAGGCGGGUUGUUUUUUUGGGGCGCCACCAACACCUCCCGGGAGUCCACCAUGUACCCCAAAGCCGUGCAGGACCUCUGCGGCUGGAAGAUCCGCAGCCUGGCCUGUGGGAAGAGCAGCAUCAUCGUGGCGGCGGAUGAGAGCACCAUCAGCUGGGGUCCAUCUCCCACCUUUGGGGAACUGGGUUACGGGGACCACAAGCCCAAAUCUUCGACGGCAGCACAAGAGGUGAAGACCCUGGAUGGGAUCUACACGGAGCAGGUGGCCAUGGGCUAUGCCCACUCUCUGGUGAUUGCCCGGGACGAGAGCGAUGCCGAGAAGGAGAAGCUGCGCAAGCUGCCCGAGUACAACCCCCGCACCCUCUGAGGGCGCCCCCCCGGCCCCCAGACCCGCUUUUCCAGCCGCGGUUUAACCCCCUGUUCUCCUAAAGCCUCUGUGGGGGGGUUAUUUCCCACCCCCCCGGGGCUUUUUGAGUCCCUGACGGUAACAGGAUUUUUUUUCUUGGUGGGGGGGGUGUAUUUUUUAAACUAUUUUUAUAUUAUUUUUAUUUUUCCCUACAUCACUUUUUUAUUAUUCCCCCUUUUUCCCAGCCACAAAUACCCCCCACCAGCCAUCGGGGCAAAACUGGGGACUUGAAAAGCUACAAAACGCCUCUUUCCCCCCCCCCCCCAAUAUACCAAUUUUUUCACAUUUUUCCCAAAUACCCUCCUCUUUGAGUUCUCUUAAUUUUGGGGACCCCCCCCAAAAAAUCCCUCUCUCUGGAGGGAUUCCAGAUUAAACCAUUUUUCCUCAUCCCCCCAAGGGGAUGCAGCAUUUUUGGGGUUCCCCUCCCCGCUGUCGCAGCCCUCGCCCACCCCAGGGAGAUCUCAGGUAUGAAGAGGGGAACCCUAAAGCUUCUCAUUAAAAUUAUUUUACCUUAUUUUUUUAAUUAUUAUUAAUUAUUUCCGCCUGGGAUUCCCUCCUACGCCGCUGUGCACUGUGCUGGAGAAACGAGGUGCCUUUUUGAGCGGAGCCCGGCUCCGCCUCCACGCAACCUAAGGGUGAUUUUCUUUUCCCUUCUUCUUUUAUUUUUGAAGUUUUCAGUUCAAAUUUCAAUUAAAUCUCUUUUUUUUUAAGCCCUUUCAAGUUUGAAUUUCAAUUAAAUCUGGGUUUUAAGCCCUUUCCGGCCUCCCCGGUGGGUGGCGCUGGCUCCUCGGGGGCAUUCGCUCCCGCUCGGGGAGUUUUUGCAGUACAAAAAAAGGUUGUUUUGGGGUUUUUAUUUCUCAUUUGUUUUGGGGCUGGGGGGUUAUUUUCAGCUAUUUUUGGGGGUGUGUUAGAGAUCAAAUAUCCAGGGCAGGGAGAGCAGCUGGGUGGAAAAGUCCAAAUAUUCCGCUUUUUUAGCAAUAUUAAGUAUUUUGGAGGUUGCGGCACAAGCGGAUGCUGCAGCCUCGAUGAAACACGGGGUGGAGAAAUCACCAAAACCGCAUUUUUACCCCCCAAAAAAGCAUCAUUUUGCUUCAUCCUACCUGCCAGCAAAACCUUUUUAGCCUGAUUAACCUUCAGGAAGAAAUCCCGAACCGCGAGGAUUUGGGAACGACUCGUCCUGUAGCCGAGAGGGUCCUGGGUUAGUGCUGUAAUUGUCUUCAUGGUUCUUUUUAUAUUUCUCGGAGUAAAUUGUUUAAAUAAACGACGUCAUUGUGUACA